AUAAGUUGGAAUAGCUAUCAACUUCAAUGUUGAUUGCGACUGAUUUGAUCAUCAAGGUCGUCGAGUAUUUUCCAUCAUCUUAUUGCAAUGAUUGGUCAUAAAAGCAUUCGACUCCUGUCCGGGAGAAAAUUUUGUCCAAAAUGGCAAACAUUGUCCAUGUCAACAAUGCCUGGAAAUCAAGAGGAACGUCAAGCUUAUAUCGUAUCAGCGACACGAACACCAAUCGGUUCAUUUCGUAGCCAAUUGGCUCAAUUUACGGCUCCACAACUUGGCACGAUCGCCGUCAAAUCGGCCGUCGAGAAAUCUUCUCUCAACAAAGAAAUGUUCGAAGAGGUACAAAUCGGCAAUGUAAUGCAAGCUAUGGUUGGUCAGGAUCCAGCUCGACAAUGUAGUCUUGGUGCUGGUUUGCCGAUUACAACACCGACGACCACUGUGAACAAAGUAUGCGCUUCGGGAAUGAAAACAUAUAUGAUUCUGGCACAGGCAAUCCAAUGUGGACAUUUGGAUGUUGCUGUGGCUGGUGGCAUUGAAAGCAUGUCGAAUGUGCCUUUUUAUUUACCACGUGGUGAAGUACCGUACGGCGGGGCCAAAUUAAUCGAUGGUAUCGUCUAUGAUGGUCUCACCGAUGUAUACAAUAAAUUCCACAUGGGUGUGUGUGCAGAACGCACGGCCAAAAAAUUUCAAAUUACACGCCAAGAACAAGAUGAUUUUGCUAUAAAUAGCUAUCGAAAAGCUGCAGAUUCAGCCAAACUUGUCUCAUCGAUGGAAAUCACACCGGUCGAAAUACCGGCUACAAAAAAGCAGCAAGCAUCGCAAGUGACUGAUGAUGAAGAAUAUAAUCGGGUAGAUUUUAACAAGUUUGCUCGAUUGGCUACUGUAUUUCAGAAAGAAGAUGGUACCGUUACGGCUGGAAAUGCCAGUACAUUGAACGAUGGUGCAUCCGCUGCCGUUAUAGCAUCAGGAAAAGCUGUCAAACAACAUGGCUUAACUCCAUUGGCAAGAAUCGUUGCCUUUGCUGAUGCAUCCGUUGAUCCAGUUGACUUUCCGGUGGCUCCAGCUUAUGCAGUUCCAAAAAUUUUGCAACGUACUGGCCUAAAAAUUGAGGAUAUUGCCAUGUGGGAAAUUAAUGAAGCAUUCAGUGUGGUUGUAUUGGCCAAUAUGCGGAUGCUCAAAAUAGAUCCAGCCCUAGUGAAUAUCCAUGGUGGUGCCGUCAGCAUCGGACAUCCACUUGGAAUGUCCGGUUCAAGGAUCGUAAACAAAUUGGCUUUACAUUUACGCUCAGGCCAAUAUGGUAUGGCCGCUAUCUGUAACGGAGGUGGAGGAGCUUCAGCCAUUCUAGUGCAAAAAAUGUGAAAGAUUUAAAAUGCAUUUUUAUUUUAUGCUUUAAUUAAAUGCCAACAUUUCACAUUCCAA